UCAAGAAUUCAACACACAGCACUCCUUUUAGACAAAGUCAACGAUACACAUCCAACCGCACCAGCUCCACAAGUCCAUCACACGGAAAAGGACUAUAAUUACCAAACCACCCUUUACCAUCAGCUCCACCACUAAGGGUCUUUCCGUCACUUAAACAUAUCUUAAGAUCAAACCCCGGGAAAAAAGAGGUACAAAGAAGAACAGAUCAACUGCUCUCAGCUUCUAACUCCCCUCAGCUUCUAACUCCCCUCAUUACCACCAAAACCCUCCAAAAUUAAAUUUAAUAAACCUAUCAAAAAUCGAAUAUUAACACUAAGUCCCUGAGAUAAAAUUAAACAAAGACGUUACGUUUUUCGCAAAUUUAUACGAUCUCUCUGUACAUGAGCUAAUCGUUCAUGGCUGCCAUGUUACACCAGCCAUGGCCGUUUCCUCUACAAGUAACCAUACUUUUCAUCCUAUGCGUCGUCGUUUUACCGUAUCGUUCCUUUUCACAAUCAGAUUCGCCUCAAAACAUCGAAACCUUCUUCCCAGCCAACGAUCUCUCCCCGGUUCCUCCGCCGAUAAACCCUUCUACCCCCUCAUCUCCGCCGUCUAAUCCUUCAUCGUCGUCUGAUAUAGGAACGAUCACCAAGGCCGUCCUAAUAACCGCAGCGAGCACCGUAGUUCUAGCUGCAGCAUUCUUCUUCUUCCUCCAGAAAUGCGUCAUCGCGCGGCGGCGGCGACGGAGAGAGAACAGAAUCAACGUUCAGAACACCUUACCUCCGUAUCCUCCGACAACAACGACGGUGGCGGCGACGGAGACUUUGGCUCGGGAAGGUUUCACGCGGUUUGGAGGUGUGAAAGGCCUGAUCCUCGACGAGAACGGUCUCGAUGUGUUGUAUUGGAGGAAUCUUCAGAGCCAGAGGCAGAGAAGAAGCGGAAGUUUCCGGAAGGAGAUCGUCGCCGGAGGAGAAGAAGGUGGUAGUGAAGAGAAAGAAGUGAUUUAUUACAAGAACAAGAAGAAGAUGGAGCAGGUCACGGAGGUUCCUCUCCUCAGAGGAAGAUCAUCCACUUCUCACAGUAUAAUCCAUAACGAUUCCUACGAGUUGGAAUCACCACCGUCACCGCCACCACCACCGCCGUCAAUUCCGGCGAAGAAAACUGCACAACCUCUGCCGCCGCCGCCGUCGCCACCGCCGAUUCCGGUGAAGAAAACUGCACCAGCACCGCCACCUCCGCCUCCGCGUCCUUCACCUUCGCCGCCACCACCGCCUCCGAUGAAAAAGGCGGCGGCUUUGUCGUCGUCAGCGUCGAGACCACCGCCGGCGCCGAGAGGAGCAAGCGGAGGAGAGAGCUCGAGAGCUGGAAGUGGUCAGGUGAAGCUAAAGCCUCUGCAUUGGGAUAAAGUAAACCCUGACUCCGAUCACUCCAUGGUUUGGGACAAGAUCGAUCGCGGCUCGUUCAGUUUCGACGGAGAUCUAAUGGAAGCUCUGUUCGGUUACGUCGCUGUCGGAAAGAAAUCGCCAGAACACGACAAACCAAAGUCAAACUCCCCGACUAAAAUCUUCAUUCUCGAUCCGAGAAAGUCUCAGAACUCAGCGAUCGUGCUCAAGUCCCUAGGCAUGACGCGCGAGGAGCUCGUGGAAGCACUCGUCGAAGGACACGACUUCGUACCGGAGACGCUAGAGAGGCUGGCGAGAAUAGCUCCGAGUAAAGAAGAGCAAUCAGCGAUCCUCGAGUUCGACGGCGGCGACGCGGGGAAACUCGCGGACGCGGAAGCGUUCCUCUUUCAUCUCCUCAAAGCGGUGCCAACGGCGUUUACGCGACUAAACGCGUUUCUCUUCAGGGCGAAUUACUAUCCAGAGAUCGCUCACCACGGCAGAUCGCUCCAAACGCUGGAUUUAGCGUGUAAAGAGCUGAGGUCUCGCGGUUUGUUCGUGAAGCUUUUGGAAGCGAUUCUCAAAGCUGGUAACAGAAUGAACGCGGGAACUGCGAGAGGAAACGCUCAGGCGUUUAAUCUAACCGCGCUUUUGAAACUCUCGGACGUUAAGAGCGUUGAUGGGAAGACGACUCUGCUUAACUUCGUGGUGGAGGAAGUCGUUAGGUCGGAAGGAAAACGCUGCGUUUUGAAUAGAAGAAGCAAUAGCUUAACACGAAGUACCAGCAGAAGUAGCAGUAGUAGUAACAACGCUCCUCAAGCCAUGUCUAAAGAAGAGCAAGAGAAAGAGUUCUUGAAGCUUGGUCUACCCAUUGUCGGAGGACUAAGCUCUGAGUUUUCAAACGUGAAGAAAGCUGCUAGUGUAGAUUACGACACGGUCGUUGCCACUUGCUCGGCUCUUGCGGUUAGAGCGAAAGACGCGAGGAAGGUGAUUGCACAGUGUGAAGGAGGGAGGUUUGUGGAGAAGAUGAUGACGUUUCUUGAUUCAGUAGAGGAAGAAGUGAAGACGGCGAGAGAAGAAGAGAGGAAAGUAAUGGAGCUUGUGAAGCGGACAACAGAGUAUUAUCAAGCAGGAGCUAGUGUAAAGGGGAAGAACCCUCUUCAUCUGUUUGUUAUCGUGAGAGAUUUUCUUGCCAUGGUUGAUAAAGUAUGCUUAGAUAUUAUGAGGAAUGUGCAGAGGAGGAAGGUAGCUAGUUCUUCCGAGUCGACUUCCACGCAGAGGAAUGCUGUGAAGUUUCCGGUUUUGCCUCCAAAUUUCAUGUCGGACAGGUCUAGGAGUGACUCCGGUGAAUCGGAUUCUGAUAUGUGAGAAGAGUUCAUAUUUGUUAUUUGUAAAUAAUAGAAUGAUUGAGUUCUUGAUUUUUAUUCAAAGGUAUUGAAUUGUUGAUAGAU